AGCCUGAGCGAGCGCAGCGACACCUCCGGCUUCUAGGACUGAAGCUGUGGCCGACUCGGCGCGCUCGGGGCACCUGUGCGGAGCCGGAGUUGCAGGACGAGGGGUGGGAUUCGUGCCAGCCACUCUCUGAGCCCGGAGGCAGGGCCGCCCCCAGCCCCUUAGGAAUCACUGCUCUGCAGAAUCUCCGCCCAGAGCUGGGAGUCCUGGUGGGGUGGACAUGUGGAGGACCAGCUAGAGGGCUGAGAAAGGUAAACAUUGGGUCCAAGUGUAAGAGGCAGUGAAAGCUGUGGCUGGGACCAUGACAACCUCCCCCCUGGACUUCGGGGAGGUGGAAACUUUCCUGGACAGGCACCCAGAAUUGUUGGAGGAUUACCUGAUGCGGAAGGGGAAGCAGGAGAUGGUGGAGAAGUGGCUGCAGAGGCACAGUCAGAGUCAGGGGGCUGUAGGCCCAAGGCCUGCACCGGCGGGCACCGGCGGCAUGGCUCCCGGCGGUGGCAGAGGCAGCAGCAGCGUUGGUGGUGGCACUGGACCAAAUGGCUCAGGCAGCAGCCAGCCCCCUCCGGGUGGCGGGGACUGUGGUGGGGCUCCCCUGAGUCCCAGCUGGGCCAGUGGCGGCCGGGGUGAUGGGAACAUGCAGCGGAAAGCUUCUCAGAAAGAGUUAAGGAAGAGUUUUGCCCGCUCCAAAGCCAUCCACGUGAACAGGACCUAUGAUGAACAAGUGACGUCCCGGGCCCAGGAGCCCCUGAGCAGUGUGCGGCGGAGGGCGCUUCUCCGCAAGGCCAGCUCCCUGCCUCCCACCACAGCCCACAUUCUCAGUGCCCUGCUGGAAUCGAGAGUGAAUCUGCCUCAAUAUCCCCCUACGGCCAUGGACUACAAGUGCCACCUCAAAAAGCAUAACGAGCGCCAGUUCUUUCUGGAACUGGUCAAGGAUAUCUCCAAUGACCUCGACCUCACUAGCUUGAGCUACAAGAUCCUCAUCUUCGUCUGCCUCAUGGUGGAUGCUGACCGCUGCUCUCUCUUCCUGGUGGAAAGGGUGGCUGCUGGCAAGAAGAGCUUGGUCUCCAAAUUGUUUGAUGUGCACGCAGGAACCCCACUGCUGCCCUGCAGCAGCACAGAGAACUCAAACGAGGUGCAGGUCCCCUGGGGCAAAGGCAUCAUUGGCUAUGUCGGGGAGCAUGGAGAAACGGUCAACAUUCCUGAUGCCUACCAGGAUAGAAGAUUCAAUGAUGAAAUUGACAAGCUGACUGGAUACAAGACAAAAUCACUAUUGUGCAUGCCUAUCCGAAGCAGUGAUGGUGAGAUUAUUGGUGUGGCCCAAGCGAUAAAUAAGAUUCCUGAAGGUGCUCCAUUUACUGAAGAUGAUGAAAAAGUUAUGCAGAUGUAUCUUCCAUUCUGUGGAAUCGCCAUAUCUAAUGCUCAGGUAUUUGCUGCCUCCAGGAAAGAAUAUGAAAGAAGCAGGGCUUUGCUAGAGGUGGUUAACGACCUCUUUGAGGAACAGACUGACCUGGAGAAAAUUGUCAAGAAAAUAAUGCACCGGGCCCAAACUCUGCUGAAAUGCGAGCGCUGUUCUGUUUUACUCCUGGAGGACAUCGAGUCACCAGUGGUGAAGUUUACCAAAUCCUUUGAAUUGCUGUCCCCAAAGUGCAGUGCCGAAGCUGAGAACAGUUUCAAAGAAAGCAUGGAGAAAUCAUCAUACUCCGACUGGCUGAUAAAUAAUAGCAUUGCGGAGCUCGUGGCCUCCACAGGCCUUCCCGUGAACAUCAGUGAUGCCUACCAGGACCCGCGCUUUGAUGCUGAGGCUGACCAGAUAUCUGGUUUUCACAUAAGAUCCGUUCUCUGCGUACCUAUUUGGAAUAGCAGCCACCAAAUAAUUGGAGUGGCUCAAGUGUUAAAUAGACUUGAUGGAAAACCGUUUGAUGAUGCAGAUCAACGACUUUUUGAGGCUUUUGUCAUCUUUUGUGGCCUGGGCAUCAACAACACAAUUAUGUAUGAUCAAGUGAAGAAGUCCUGGGCCAAGCAGUCUGUGGCUCUUGAUGUGCUGUCAUACCAUGCGACAUGUUCAAAAGCUGAAGUUGACAAGUUUAAGGCAGCCAACAUCCCUUUGGUGUCAGAACUUGCCAUCGAUGACAUCCAUUUUGAUGACUUUUCUCUCGAUGUUGAUGCCAUGAUCACGGCUGCUCUUCGGAUGUUCAUGGAGCUGGGGAUGGUUCAGAAAUUUAAAAUCGACUAUGAGACACUGUGCCGGUGGCUUUUAACAGUGAGGAAAAAUUAUCGAAUGGUUCUGUACCACAACUGGAGACACGCCUUCAACGUGUGCCAGCUGAUGUUUGCGAUGUUGACUACCGCCGGGUUUCAAGAGAUUCUGACCGAGGUGGAAAUUCUCGCGGUGAUUGUGGGAUGCCUGUGUCAUGACCUCGACCACAGGGGAACCAACAAUGCCUUCCAAGCUAAGAGCGGCUCUGCCCUGGCCCAACUCUAUGGAACCUCCGCCACCUUAGAGCACCACCAUUUUAACCACGCAGUGAUGAUCCUUCAGAGUGAGGGACACAACAUCUUUGCUAAUCUGUCCUCCAAGGAUUAUAGUGACCUCAUGCAGCUUCUGAAGCAGUCAAUAUUGGCAACAGACCUCACGCUGUACUUUGAGAGGAGAACUGAAUUCUUUGAACUUGUCAGUAAAGGAGAAUACGAUUGGAACAUCAAACCCCAUCGUGAUAUAUUUCGAUCAAUGUUAAUGACAGCCUGUGACCUUGGAGCCGUGACCAAACCGUGGGAGAUCUCGAGACAGGUGGCCGAACUCGUAACCAGCGAGUUCUUCGAACAAGGAGAUCGGGAGAGAUCGGAACUCAAACUCACCCCUUUUGCUAUUUUUGAUCGGAACCGGAAGGAUGAACUGCCUCGGUUGCAACUGGAGUGGAUCGAUAGCAUCUGCAUGCCUCUGUACCAGGCCUUGGUGAAGGUCAAUGUGAAACUGAAGCCGAUGCUGGAUUCAGUGUCUGAGAACAGAAGUAAGUGGGAAGAGCUGCACCAGAAAAGGCUGCUGGUCUCAGCUGCCUCCCCCUCCUCUGCGGGCCUCAUGGUGGCCGGGGCAAACAGUAACUAAACCUCGGGGUCAGCUGCUGCUGCAAAAUGACUGCAUCCUGAAGAGCCAGCUUUGGUCCAGCCUCUUCAUCCUAUUGUUCCUUUAAGCUCAGACAGACAGAAAGUCUGGAGGAUGAGCUGGGAAGCAUGACUGGGGUUUCACCUUCAAGUGUGGCCAACAGGGAAGGGCGUGACAGGAAGGACAGAGGAGGAGGUGGGGCCGGGCACACACCCCAAGAUCCUCAACUUUCCAUGAUGAACAGACAUGGGCUGAGCCUGAGACAGGCGCUGGGCAGGAGACAGCUGUGGAUCCAGGCGGCCCUGCCCAUUCUGACCCAAGGGAACAUGGAACAGUACAGGCGUCACUAAUGCUGCUUCCUUUUGUAUAUGGCUCUUUUAUUUGUUACAAGGCAACAAUGCCUGCCCUUGCACCUCUCCCCAGUGCCCUUUAGUGCCAGACUGUCCUAAGAAUCCUGAUUUGUAUGCUGUAGAGGUAUUUUAUUUUUAUCCUAAAGCUUCUUAAUGAUGGCUCAGAGCCAGGAGACUUGUGUACGUAAAAGAUAAACUAUAUUAUCCUUACAAACACCAACUAUUCCCACGUUUCCCCUAAAAAAAAGUCUGUAGUAGAAAUACAUCAAAUGUGUUUGUCUGAUUGGGUUUUACACAAGAUUCAUAACAUUACAUUGGGAUUGUGAUCACCUUUUUCAGUUUUUUUAAUUCAAUCUUCAUUGUAGAUCAACUGUACUCCCAGAAGGAAUAGAUUAAUAGGCUUUAAUUAAAGUAAGGAUGAAAGAAAAUCUAUAGUUGGAUUUACCACAAGUGGCAUAUGAACAUUUAGAAACUCUUUCCAACAGUGAGACAUUUCACAGGACACAGCAGCACCAUGGAGAAUGAUCAUUGGCUACCUUGAGUUCUCCUAGUAAUGGUGUUUGUAUAAAACUGAAGAUCACUGUCAGUACCAUCCUACAGGCAAAAG